AAACUCUUUUCCCUGAUCCUGGACUGUCAGGCACCACCACCUGCUGGUUCUGACCCAGAUCCUGGUUCGACCCGGUCCGCGCAGCUCUCUCCUUCCUGCCCGACAGAACUCUGGGGUCAUAAACCGAACCCUCCCCUCGGUUCGGUCCUGUGGGCGGACCCAGCUGGUCUACAGAAAAGCUGUGACCCGGACAGGAGUUCUGAUUCAGAMAACAUGCGGACCGAGGAGAGGUUCGACUGCGUGGUGAUCGGAGCCGGGGUCCAGGGGUCCUUCACGGCCUACCAGCUGGCCCAACAGAACCGGAAGACUCUGCUGCUGGAGCAGUUUGUUUUGCCUCACUCCCGAGGCAGCUCUCAUGGUCAGACCCGCAUCAUUCGCAAAGCCUACAACCAGGACUUCUACGUCCGGAUGAUGGAGGAGAGCUACAAGCUGUGGGCCCAGCUGGAGGAGGAGGCAGGUGUCAAACUGUUCAG